AACAGUCCAGUUGAGAGAGACGAGCCCAGGUUCUAAUACCCACCGCUCCAUUCCGAGACAACCAUCACCAUGGCCAAGCCUCACGGCGGCGCCGUCCACACCCCGCGCCCCCGCUCCUCCUCCGGCGCCAAGGCCGUCACCGCCACCACCCCCGCCAACCGCAGCUCCGUGGGCUCCUCCUCGUCCGCGCCCCCCGCCCGCGACCUCGCCAAGGAGGCCGGCAAGCUCCUCACCUACGACGACGACGACGCCGCCUCCGCCGCGCAGCAGCAGCCGGACCCCGCGCUGCCCGAGGGCCUCGCCGUCGCCGACCUCGCGCCGCCGCUCGACCUCCCCGACCCCGACGACGACGCCUCCUCCUCCACCGUCGUCUCCGUCCCUCCCCACGACGCGAUCCCCGCCCCCGACCGCUCCGCCCUCGCCCAGGUGCGUGCGCUUGCCCGCUUCCCGGCCGAUUCCGCUUCGCCGUCGGUUGAAAAUUCAGUCCGCGCCGCGAUUUUGGGCUCCGAUUCGUCUGAUCUCGAGCGCUCUCGGGCUCCUGGGGUCGCACGUCCCGCCGACCCCGACGCCACCGCCACCGUCCUCACGGAGAUGGGGCUGGUCCUGGCGGAGCUGCGGGGUGCCCGGGGCCUGAGCGCGCGCUCGAGAUGCCUCCUGACCGCGCUCGCCGAGGCCGCCGCCGACGAGCUCGACCCCCUCCGCACGCGCCACGCGGCCUUCUGGAGGAAGCUGCGCGUCGGGGUCCUCGCCGCGACGGUCUUCUCCGUGGCCGCCAUGGACGCCGUCCUCCUCGCCGCGCUCCUGGGCGGCCCCCGCGGCAGCGGCAGCCACGCGCUGCCCCCCACCUGAUCGCUUUGCUUCGCCGGUGCCGCCGGCCGCCCCCUGUUUUUAUCCUCGUUCAUCGACCAGUAGCUUGUUAAUUAGCCUUGUUGCACUAGUAUAGCAGUUACGUCGUGAUGAUAAAAUAAUUACUGCACUUAAUAGGAGUAGAUCAGAUGAGAAAGAUGUGGUAAUUUCGUUGUUCCUCCAUCAUGUGGUCGGUACAUUUCACCAUUUCAGUUCAGUUAAUUAGCUUCA